GAGAGCUUGACUCCCACUUUCACCGUACCAUCUCCCUUUCCCAGUUGAAUACAUCUUCUCUGUUAUUGAACGAAUAUGUCACCAGAGCCAUUUGUAGCCAUUGUUACGGACUCGACGGAUGUUUUCAAGCCUGAAAUAUUCAAGGGUAAGGUGCUAUUCUGCACCGGUGGUGGUUCCGGUAUAUGUAAGAGCAUGACAGAAGCUGUGAUGCGCCAUGGCGCUAAUGCAGUUAUUGUUGGGAGAAAGCUAGAUCGUCUGACUCAGACGUCGAAAGAACUUUCAGAGGCAACUGGACAAACGUGUAUCCCUGCGCAGGCUGAUGUCAGGCAACCACAACAAUUAAAGGACGCGGUUGCAAAAACUAUCGAAAAGUUUGGAAGAAUAGAUUUUGUCAUAUGUGGUGCGGCUGGAAAUUUCCUUGCUUCCAUUGAUGGAAUGUCCGAAAACGCUUUCAAGACUGUGAUAGAAAUUGAUACUCUCGGAACCUUCAAUACUGUGAAAGCCACUCUUCCGCAUAUCCGAGCUUCAAAAGGCUCAUAUAUACACGUCAGCGCCACGCUGCAUUACAAAGGCACGCCAUACCAGGUGCAUGUUUCAGCAGCGAAAGCAGGAGUCGACGCACUAUCCAACGUUCUCGCUGUAGAGGAAGGUCCUCGUGGCGUCCGCUCGAACGUUAUUGCCCCUGGUCCGAUUGGAGGCACGGAGGGCAUGUCACGGCUAUCAAAUCAGACAGUCCGAAAGGAGGACGGAGACUCGAGAUACCCUUUGGGUCGAAUGGGUCACCUCAAAGACGUAGCCAACGCCACUGUCUUUCUUUUCAGCAAUGCUGCGUCUUAUGUCACGGGUCAGAUUAUACCUAUAGACGGAGGAGUGGAGCACAUGAGGACGUUCCAGCUGCCUUAUCCUCGUGCCGUGCUGGAUCCAGAGAGUGUGAAGGAGAUGAUCAAACCGAGGCUGUGAUAUGUCCCCCAAACUUCUGUAACAUAUACCUCUAGCGCAUUUACGCAGAUAUAUGAUCAUGUUUAGUUGCAGCUCAUAUGCAAGAUC